AGUUCGCCUCGGACCGCCGUUCGCACAGCGUCGGGACGCUCCCUCCGACCGCUCGGUCCCGGCUUCGACGCCCGCGCCCGGACGCGAGAGGACGCGCCGACGUCUAACAGACCCGCGACGACUUUUUGUUAAUUUUCUUUGUUAUCUUCCGUCACGAAACGUUCGGAGUCCGACCGGUGUUCCCGAAAAAACUUCUGCAGUUCGAACUAGUUGAUAACCGACCUUCGAGCACGUCUGCGAGGGUAUCGACCAAUCCUUUCUGCGAACUAUUUUAUGUUACUCGAAGUUUUCACGAAAACAGAAACCAAAGUCCAACUUAGUACGUGGUAAAAAAAAAAUUGUGAAUGGUAAAGUGACUUUUGUUUUAACAUCAACUGCUGUGGACUACAUUAGUGGAAGGGCACCGCGGCGAGCUCCCCGCAUGGGGCCGCCGGCCGCCACACGCGGCCCGCCGCAGGACUGAGUGCACCGAGGCCUGGGUGGGCCGAGGCCGCGGCCCGCCGCAUGUAUCCGGGCGCCAGCCGCCUCGCCAAGAGCUCCGCCGGCGCCGCCAUGGUGCAGUGGGCGCUGUCCCGCACGCUGUCCUUCCUCGGCGCCGCCGUCGUCGUGCACCUCAUCGUCAUCGCGUCGGUGGCCGAGGAGGACUCGCCGCCCGCCCAGGCGCUGCUGUCGCGCGAGGGCCGCAGCUACGACGGCCGCCGAGGGACCAAGCACCGCGGCGAGGCGCCCAACGCGCUGCAGGGAAGGGCGCCCGCGGGCAUCUUCGCCACGGAGAACUCGACCGUAGUGACCGCGCAGACGGCCGGCACCGCAACCCUGCCCUGCGUCGUCAGGAAGUUCGGCAACGGCGUCGUGUCGUGGAUCAGAAGGAAGGACUACCACCUGCUGACUGUCGGCCUGGCCACGUACAGCAGCGAUGACCGCUUCCUCGUGGAACACAUCAGGCAUCUGCAGAUGUGGGGGCUGCAGAUAAAGUACGUGCAGCCGCGCGACGCCGGCUGGUACGAGUGCCAAGUGUCCACGCACCCGCCCACCAGCAUCUUCGUCGAGCUGCGCGUCAUAGAGGCGACGGCGGAGAUCCUCGGCGCGCCCGACCUGCACAUCAAGAGCGGCAGCACACUGCGGCUGGUGUGCAAGCUGCGCCAGAGCACGGAGGCGCCCGUGUACGUGUUCUGGUACCACGAGGAGCGCAUGAUCAACUACGACGAGGAGCGCGCCGUGGCGGUGCGCAACGACAAGACCAGCAGCCAGCUGGUGGUGGCGGAGGCGCAGCGCGCAGACAGCGGCAACUACACGUGCGUGCCGUCCAACGCGCGGCCCGCCAGCAUCCACGUGCACGUGCUCAACGGCGAGAAGCCAGCGGCCAUGCAGCACGGCAGCCGGAGCGGCUGCGUGGGGGCGCAGCCACACGCGACACUGGCGCUCCUGGCGGCGGCGCUGUGCGUCGAGGCGUGCAGGUGAUGCGGCGCGCGGCGCCCCUGCUAGACCACACCACCCGCGCUACGCUGGUGCGAGACUGGCUGCUUCCGGGCUUGAGUCGACCGGGAGGGGCAACUAGGAACCACCGUGCACAACUACAAAUAUCAGAAGAAAGUGUCCGCGUUUGUAUUACGUGAAACUCCCUUCAUCUGCCAGACCUAGGAUAAAUGUUGUUUUUAAAUAAAUAAAAUACUUAUCAAUUAAAUAUCAGCAGAGAAGUCUAUAAACUCCCGUGAUCGGCUUCAUCGACGCAGUGGAAACUCUUCACGAGUGAUUAGUACUGGUUGACAACUAUGAAUUAAAAUGCAUUUCUAUGACUAUUACCGAAAUGGUGAAAAUAUUCUAAAACUAUUGUCGUGUUACUGAUAAAGAACGUUUAAAAAUUUUACAUCACUGAUACGCUCAAAUUAUUCGCUGUCUACAUAUAAUUAUUUAAAUUUUUAAAUUAAAAUUUAAUGAUUUUUGUUUUUUUUUAUAAAAAUUUUAAACUAUUAACGUUUCAAAUUUUUAUGAUACAAGAAAUUAGUGUUUUUUUGUUCUCUGUCGAAUAAUAUUAUUUGAAUUUAUUUUACACAUGGAAAAUCAUUUUGUUCCUAAGGGCCAGGAUUAUGGCACAGUAAGAUCUACAAGUCGUCUAGAAAUAUAUUUUUUAAAUUGUUUAUUUUCCUAAUACUAUAAUAUAUUUAUCAAUAUUAUUAGUUUUGGUAUUUAAUUCAUUAAUAUCACAUUAUUACAAACCAAUUAAUUUGGUUAAGGAAAACUAACACAUAAAAAAUUCCAGCGUUUAAACUGCUAUAUUUUAACUUAAAUUUAAAAAUAUUAUCAAUGUUUUAAAAUUUUUAUUUAGAAAUUUUUCGAAUAGUCAAAUAUAAUACUUCAAUAAUUACAUUUUCAUAAAAGGGAUUACAACAGUAUAACAUGAUACAAAUGCUCCGUGGUGGAUAGAGUUAUUGGUUAAAUAAUUUUCAACAAAGUCUUAAUUUAAUAAAAAUAUUUUGUUUACAUCACACAAACAUAACUUGAAAUUUACUUUCACUGUGGAUAUGAACUCAGAAAUGAUAGUCCUGCGUCAGUUUUUUUCUGUGAAAAACUACAAGUGGACAGGAGUAUUUAGAAGCACAAGUUUUCUUGUUUAGCAUGUAAACUCUCUAUUGAUGAACAAUUUUAUACCCGACAGCAGAGAUUUUGUGGACUAAAGUGCUAGUGAGGAAGAUUAUCGAUUUAUGUUUACAUAUUUAUUUGGACACCAUACAAAUUGUUGCAAACUGUGGCUUCUGUUGGGUUUUAAAGGGCUUCCUGUGAAUAUUUCUUUUUGUGAACGUUUACACGUUAAGCGAAAAAAUGAGUCUUAAGGACCUGUGCCAUCCAAAAUUGUGAUAAUGUAAGAAUUUAAAGCUAGCAGUGAAAUUCGAGGUUCAUAAAAUAAGAGGCUGUAAUUAGCAUGUUGCGUGGUAAAAAUACUGUCAGCAUGGUAUUUGCGAUGUACUGUCAUGAGUAUAUAAAUUUCCAUAUUUGCUA